AUGGGUAGAAGAGGAAUAAUACGUACUCCAGAAGAGGAACAAAAUUAUCAAAUUCAAAAGCGUUUAAGACGUUCUGAAAAUGCGAGAAAUAGACGUAACGCUACAAAUCAUCAUAAUGAUCUAAAUAAUGAACAAGUUGUAUGUAGUGACAAUGGUGUAAAUAAUCAGCAAGUAAAUGCUGUAGUGGAAGAUUAUUUAGGACAAAUGGAUAUACUAUUAUUAUGUGCACAUUGCAAUGCAAAACAUUUUGCAUCAGAGAAGGUUGCAAAUAAAGGUUUUUCUUUUAAUGAUUGUUGUUCCCAUGGGGCUGUAGCUUUAGAAAGUACACCAGAUUUUCCUCCACAACUGUCCACUUUAUUUGAUGUUUUGUAUCUUUGUGAAAAUGAAAAUCCUGCAUAUGGACAAUUGUUUUUUGUUGAUCAAGAAGAGGCCCUUAAUGUUAGAAAAACUCAAAAUCCUCAUCUUGAUCAAGAAACACUUUCAAUGUUAGAUAAAGUAAUAAGAGAGAAUAAUAUUUUUGCACAGUCUUAUGAGAUGAUGAAACAAGAAAUAAAUAAUCAGAGGUUAGAGAUGAAUGAGGCACAUGAACCUGAAUUACAGUUAUUAUUUUCGUUGAAACCAGGUUUUGAUAGACGGAGAUUUAAUUUUCAGCGAACAAAUGAAGUUGCUGCUAUUUUUUCGACAACAGCUGAUGGUGAAAUUCCAGAGUCUUAUGUAAUUAUUCGAAACAAAAAUACAAAAGUGUUACAAUACGUUAGUACGAUGGAUCCUAACGUUGAACCAUGGCUUUAUCCAUUAUUUUACCCUUAUGGAUCACGAGGAUGGCAUAAAAAUUUAGAACGUAUUAAGAUGAAUGAUAAUGAUCCAAGUCGUCGAGUAACACGAAUGGCUUACACUAAAUUUAAAAUGGCCGUUAGGCCAGAUGAAUUUAACGCUAUUUUGUUAGGUCGUCGAUUAUUUCAACAGUGGGUAGUAGAUGCUUAUGUUAAAAUUGAAAAAGACAGAAUUCAGUGGUGCAAAGAUAAUCAAAGACAGAUAAAGUCAGAUACGUAUAAAGGACUACACGAUUAUUUGCAGAAUUCUGCUAAUGACAUUGAUGGAUCUCCUCGCCACAUGCAACAAAAUUACCAAGAUGCAAUGGCUAUAGUCGGUAAAACGGGUAAACCGGACAUUUUUCUUACAAUGACUUGCAAUCCUAGAUGGAAAGAGAUACAAGAAAAUCUUUUACCAAUUCAGUAG